AUGUCUGAACAACCAAGUGAGAGCAAGUUAUGGGGUGGUAGAUUCACUGGAGCCACUGACCCACUUAUGGAUCUUUACAAUGCCAGUUUGCCCUAUGAUCAAAUCAUGUAUGAUGCUGAUUUGACUGGAACCAAAGUCUACACUGAAGGCUUAAACAAACUUGAGUUGAUCACGGAUGACGAAUUGAGCAAAAUCCAUGAAGGAUUAGAGGUCAUUAGAAAAGAAUGGGCUGAGGGUAAAUUUGUUGAAAAGCCCGGUGAUGAAGAUAUCCACACUGCAAAUGAAAGAAGAUUGGGUGAGAUUAUUGGUAAGCAUAUUGCAGGUAAGGUGCAUACUGGUAGGUCCAGAAACGAUCAGGUUGCUACUGAUAUGAGAAUUUACGUGCGUGAAUCGUUAAAGGACUUGAGUUUGAAAUUGAAAACAUUUAUUGAGACUAUUUUGAAAAGAGCUGAAAAUGAGAUUUCAGUAUUGAUGCCUGGUUACACUCAUUUGCAAAGAGCGCAACCAAUUAGAUGGUCACACUGGCUCAGCUCUUAUGCCACUUAUUUCACAGAAGAUUACAAUAGAUUGCAGCAGAUUAUUGCUAGAGUAAACAAAUCACCUUUGGGUGCAGGUGCAUUGGCUGGCCAUCCAUAUGGCAUUGAUCGUGAGUUCCUUGCUAAGGGUUUGGGUUUUGAUGAUGUCAUUGGUAAUUCAUUAACUGCAGUAAGUGAUCGUGAUUUUGUUGUUGAGACUUUGUUUUGGGGAACGUUGUUUAUGAACCAUAUUUCAAGAUUUGCUGAAGAUUUGAUUAUCUAUUCAACUGCUGAGUUUGGUUUUAUCAAGUUGGCAGAUGCUUACUCCACAGGUAGCUCGUUGAUGCCACAAAAGAAAAACCCUGAUUCAUUAGAACUUUUGAGAGGUAAAAGUGGAAGAGUGUUUGGUGGCUUAUCAGGGUUCUUAAUGUCUAUUAAAUCUAUUCCUUCAACUUACAAUAAAGAUAUGCAAGAAGACAAGGAGCCAUUAUUUGACGCUUUAACCACCGUUGAGCAUUCGAUUUUGAUUGCUACUGGUGUCAUUAGUACCUUGACAAUCAACAAGGAAAGAAUGGAAGGUGCAUUGACUAUGGAUAUGUUGGCCACCGAUUUGGCAGAUUAUUUGGUCCGUAAGGGAGUACCGUUUAGAGAAACCCACCACAUUUCUGGCGAAUGUGUUAGAAAAGCCGAGGAUGAGAAUUUGAGUGGAAUUGACCAGUUGACAUUUGAACAAUUCAAGGAAAUCGACAACAGGUUUGAAAAAGACGUUUUGGAUUCCUUUGACUUUGAAGUCAGUGUUGAAAGACGUGAUGCCUUAGGUGGAACUGCCAAAAGUGCAGUUUUGAAGCAGUUGAAAAACUUGAAAUCACAAUUGGAAUAA